AUGUCUCCUGCUGCUUCCUCUAGGUGGUGUCCAACACCAGAGCAGCUCAUGAUCUUGGAAGAGUUAUAUAGGAGUGGGAUUAGAACUCCUAUUGCUUCUCAAAUUCAAAGAAUCACUGUCCAUCUCUCUUUAUACGGCAAGAUUGAAGGCAAGAAUGUGUUCUAUUGGUUUCAAAACCACAAGGCAAGAGAUAGACAGAAGCUUAGAAGGAAACUCAUUAAGCAGCUGCAACAGAACCACAUUUAUCAUCCUGAUCGUCACCUGCAGGAGAAUCAUUCACCACCUUUUCAUCCACUUUCCUAUCAUAACUCUCCUGUCUUUCUUCCCCGGGGAGGACCAGAAGGUGCAGCAACACAAAUGAUGAUGAAUCGCCCAUGGAAGGUGGAGAUUCCACAAAACGUCCAAAUGGAGAAUUCCUUGAUGAGAAUGUACGGCCAAGAUUGGAUGAUGAUGAUGAUGGAAGUGGGUCCUCCCUCCCCGUGCAGCAGCAGCAGCAGCAACACAAGACCACUUGAAACACUUGAACUCUUCCCAAUCACAGCAACAAAUCUCAAAGAAGAGUGCAAUAACAACAACAUAUCAUCAUCGUCUAACUAA